AUGGCAACAAUUAGUAUACAAGAAAAUCAAGUUGAUGCACAAGCUCCUCAGGAAGUGCUUGCACCUCAAAAAGUACAGUCACAAGCACCAGUACAAACUGCUCGCCAGGUGCUGCAACAAUUGCCAAUGAAUUCACUUAAUGGUCAACAGCAAGGAUUGGAUACAUCUAAAAAACAUUUGAUAGAUUAUGAAGAAUGUAAGGAAGAUGUACAUAAAUAUUGUUUUCGUCCUGGAGUGGAACUCAAAAGUGAUAUGUCGGUAUUGGAAUGUCUUCAAGACGUUAAAUUAAGCGAAACGGAACUUCUUACUGCUCCAUGUGAACAGCUGGUUUGGGAUUUCAAAGUAAAUUUGACUCAAGAUGAUCAGUUUCGGCAAGCAUCAAAACUUUUUUGCAAGGAUGAAAUGAUGGCUAAUCCAGCCUUAGCUCAAUGUGCGGAAGCAAUAGAACCUGAUCGUUCUGCUAGACUUGCAUUCUCUGAUUUUCGUGUUGUGGGCCCGUUUGUGGCAGUGUGUAAAAAUACAAUCCAAAGACUUCAGUGUGGGACAUUAACUCCACCAUCUGCUCAUGCUAAAGUUCGAGUGCCACAUUCCCAAGGACACACGUUGGAGUGUUUGAUAAGUAAAAUCUAUCAAGCACAGCAAAAAGAUCUUAAGGCAACGCCAGUUGUUGAUGAAGCGUGUCAACAUGAAAUUAUGCGAAUAGCUGAAUUACAAACGGAGGAUUUCCACCUCGAUAGACCGCUCUAUUUUGCAUGUCGGCAAGAUCGAGAGAAAUUUUGCAAAACUGUCCAGUCAGGACAGGGAAAAGUACUGGAAUGUUUGCUUACUCAUCGAACAGACCCAAUGAUGGAGCCAGAAUGCUCAAAGCUUUUGGCAGAACGAGCUAACAUGAUGGGACAAAAUUAUCGGUUAUCGCACCCAUUGCUUGGUGGUUGUGCAGCAGAAAUGAAGGAAUUCAGUUGUGCGCCGUCAGCACUAUUUUCCGGCUCUCCAAAUUUUCAUCUCAGCUGGGUGCUUCUAUGUCUGGAAAAUGCGGCACGUGCAAAUCCCGAGAAAGUAUCCAAAAAAUGUCAACAUGAAAUGAUUUCGCAUCGAAAAAUGAUGAUGAGCGAAUUCCGAUUAAGUCCGGAAGUUGUUCUGACUUGUGGCAGAGAAAUCGAUAUAUUCUGCAGUCCAAAAGGUGACAUUGAGGCGGAAGGUCGAACUCUUCACUGCUUAUUGAGCCACGCACAAGAACGUAAUGAAAACCGGAGACUUGGUCCGCAGUGCAUGCAGGCCUUGCAAACUGUCAUGAAGGUCGCUGAUGUUGGUUCUAAUUACAAAGUGGAUGAAGUUUUAUAUGCCAGCUGCAAAAGAUUGAUUGAUGGUCCAUGUGCAAUGGAUGCUCAAUCGGAAGCGAACACCUUGGGCUGUUUGAUGAAACAUAUGGAUGUUGACAUGCCAAAGGAAUGUGAACAGCGACUAUUGGAAGUGCAGUACUUUAUCUCUCGAGAUUGGACACUUGAUCCGCAACUUUACUCAGCAUGUCAUGAAGACGCAGUUUCCAAAUGUUCUGCUAAUGAUAAUUGGCAUCAGCAACCGAAUCAACAAGGACCGGAUCCUGGACCAAUCGUACUUGCUUGUCUCUAUCGUGCAGCCUACAAUGAUCAGAAUCCGCUCAAACCUGAAUGUGCUGCAAAUGUGCGUCGUGCAUUACAUACUCGUGCAGUACGUGUAAAUUUAAUGCCAGACAUCGAAUCUUCUUGUCGGGAAGCUCUCUCAGAGUACUGUUCCACUGAUGUGAAACCCACUCAGGAAAUGAGAUGUUUGCAAGAAUAUUUCCAGCAAGAUAAGUUCAAAAAAAAGUACAGUGAAUGUGCCGCUGCUGUAAGCGAUUACACGAAAAUGAUGGCUAAAGAUACUGCUCUAAAUCAAGCGCUUACAAAAGCUUGCAGACCUGUCAUCUCAAAAUACUGCCAGCAAUACAUCAAUGAAGAAAUCGAUCAUGGCAAUGUAUUGGAAUGUUUACUGGAUAACAAAGACCGACCAGAAAUGACUUCCAAAUGUCGUUCAUACGUAAAUCACUUUGAACUUAUUACUAUGCGUGACUUCAAAUUCGAUGAACAUUUCGCACAGUACUGCUCGAAUGACAUUAAGAAGUACUGCACGGAAGUUAGCACCGACAAGUUGAAAUAUAAAGCACCGAAUCAAUAUUUGCAUGUUGCUUAUUCCAUUUUCAUUGAAUUAUUCAGGGCUGAAAUAAUUCGUUGUUUAUCAACAGUUAUGUUUGAACACAAAGUGCUGGGAACACCAGAUGACCUCGAAAAAGAUUGUAAAAAAUAUUUGAAGGCUGCAUAUCUUCAUCAAGAACAGUUCGAUGAUAAAUCACAUAUGAUGGAUGCCGAUUCUUCGUUGAUGAAGAAAUGUAGUCAGGAACUGGAUCGAUUUGGUUGCCGGAAAGAAAAGUAUUUUGAAGAUGUGGUUGAAUGCUUACGUUUAAAAUAUGAUGAAUUAGGCUUAGAAUGUAAAGCAGUUGUUUUUACACGGGAAAAAAUAGAAGCAGUGGAUAAUCAAUUUGAUGAUGUGCUUCAGUAUCAUUGUCGCGCUGACAUAGACAAAUACUGUUAUGCAGAAAGAGGUGACAGAGUGCUGGAAUGUUUGAAAAAUAUGAAGGUCAUACGUUCUUUGUCAUCAAAAUGCCAAAAAAUUGUGUGGGAAAGGAUGCGAGAACAAGCUAGAGAUGUACGUUUGAAUAUUGGUCUUCUGGAAGCUUGUAGAGAAGAGGCCGAACAUUACUGUCCUGAUGAUUACAAGAAAAUAAACGAUCCACAGUAUGCCAAAAAAACACUGGAGGGUGUUUUCAUUAUGUGUUUGCGUACGCAAUACGCAGAUCCGCAGAAAUCAAUACAUCUGAAUGCCAAAUGCAGGGAUGAGAUUUCGAGCAUUAUUUUGGAAAGCGAAUUUGAUGUUCAAUUAGAUCCACAACUGUAUAAAGCUUGUAGGAACUCUAUUUCAAAACACUGCUCUAAUGAUGUCAUAAAGCAUGGUGGAACUUUUGAUUCAGUUUUGGAAUGUCUCAAAGCCGAUUUUAGACUUAAUGUCAUUAGAGAUGCCGAUUGUACACGACAGAUUGGUAGACGCUUGCAAGAAUCAUUAAUUGAUAUCCAUCUCGAUCCGGUGUUGCAUGAAGCUUGCGCUAAUGACAUUCAACGAUUAUGCUACGAUGUGCCACCAGGGCAAAGUCGAUUAAUUAUAUGUUUACUGGAUUCACUGAAGAGUGAAAACCUGAAACUUUCACCAACCUGCAGAGAUAAACUUAUUGAACGAAAUAAUUUGUGGAAUAAAGCUUACAAGGAAGAACAGAUAGCACUACCGGAAUCAUUUGCCGAAAUGGUGAACAUUGUAGUAAGUCAUCCACAACGAAAUUCAUUACUUACAUGGUUUGGCGCUUUUGUCUUAUUACUGUUCUUCGUUGGAUGUUGCUGUGGUCGAGCAACAAAACGUAUAAAACGUGAAAUGAAGAAUCGUUGA